AUGUCUGGUGAAAACUCAUUUCCCACCCUCGAUACGGCCAAUACUAGCACCCCGAACCAAGGUGUCACUCAGAAGGCGCGCAAGCGUCAGCAGCGCAGGGAUGCCAAGGAAGUGAAUGAUACCGCUGAUGCCCUUACCUCCGUUCUUGCUACCCUUAAAGUCAAUCCAGUGUUACCAAACACCUCCGCGAAAGGAACCAAGGUUAUGGUGUUGACUCAAGGCGAUGAGGCUCUCGCGAAGUCAACUCGUUCAUCCACUGGGACCUCAGGCAGCUCCAAAUCUUCCACCGUUGCUAAGUCUCCCACGACCGCUCCAAAUGGUAAUAAUUUCCCCAUGUCGUCUGGAAAGGUAGACGAUGUCGGCAUACCGCUAAAGAGUCUGGUUACCCCGCAGCCACUCUCUAAGAAACCUCUGGGUGACGCGAAGCUAAAGAGGGGUGAAGUGACGAGCAAUAAUGCCGCAAAGAUUCCAAAGCCUAAGUCCCCAAAUAUCACUGCUCCCGACGUGUAUAGGUGGCCAAUGAUCGUUGCUAAAGAUCUCCCCAGGGGCAAAGAGGAUGGGUGUGUUCGCCGGUUUUCCGAUAUCUCUAACGGUAGUGUGAAUCGUUUCAACCUCUUAGCGGAUUCCAGAGAGGCUCAAGAUGGUGGUAUGUCCCCAGAAACUAGUAUAGACGCGGCCACUCUAUUGCAGAAGCCGGAUGAAGCUAAGAUGAAGAAUGCGCAGAAGAAGAGUCGUAGGCGAAAUGUGAAGAAGUCGGCCGCAGGUACAAUACAUCCUGUACGGCAGCUAGCACAGACUGAAAAAGCGAGUACGAAUGUCUCGCUGCCAACGCACGCGCCCUUAGCUGCCUUGAAGGUCCCACCAUCUUCGGAGAAGUCCAAUAUGAAACCAUCCAACACCUCCAGAAGCUCCAAGUCGGCUGCAUCGAAAGAACCACCAGCCCAGAAUGUUCCUACCUCCGUUGAAUUUCCUUCUUUCCCGCCCCUCGCGCCUCUAAAAGUACCUACAGACUCGGAAAUCUCGUACACUUCCGUACCCAACCCUUCAGUGGUUUCCGGUUCCUCUAUCUCCCAGGCUGCCAAAACCAUUGCAUCCCGCAAAAAAGCCAAGAAAUCUUCUCACGUCAAGAUUUCUGAAGUUGCAGCGUCUCUAGUAACUCUAAACCCCAUCGUUGACCAGGACCUCGACGAGUUGAUGAAUGCAACAAAAUCCCAUCGGCUCACUUUUCUCACUGGCCCCAUGAUUACCGUUUUCAUUGGUGACAAGGCUGUUCGUGGUGUCUACAAGCGCGCUGCUAUGGUGGUGUCAUCCGUUCUGAAUCAAUUCUUUAAAGAAGAUCCAGAAUCACUAGAGUAUCACUUUCCGGCCCUCCACCUCGACGCGGAUGCUGUUCGCCAUCUCCUGGUCCACUGGAUGAACGACACAUGUACGCGCUUCGAAGCAAUCCCGGUUACGCCCCUCCCAUCAUUCCGCGGUAACUUGGAACUCCUACGUGCAAUUCGAUUCUUGGGUAUGGAACAAUAUGCCAAGUUUAAUCUUUCUUGGCAUGUACGGUGGCUGAAGUCCAAUCUGCCCCAGUACGAGGAUAUCGUUCAUGUGGCGGAGACGGCCACGUCCUCGAAGGACCCAAUGUUCACAGCGAUGAUCAAUACGCUAACGCAUUGGCGGCACAAAGAUCUCAUCCCAGACCCGGAGGAGUUCUUGGAGUUUCUCGCGUCACACCCUAAAAUUGCGACAGCGAUGGACAAUGCUGAUCAGUUCUUCGGCGCCGAGCGACGAGAGCGCGAGGCAAAUUGGAAAGCUGAACAGGAGGCGCGCCGUCUAGAGCACCAGGCAGAGAAGCAUGCGUCGUGGCUCAAACGUCAGAUAGAGCGUGAGGAGAAGCGGAUCCACGAUACGCAGACUGCCGAAUCCCUCCGUAUUAAGAUGAAUACAAAUCGGAAUGUAUCAAAGGCUGUGCAGACAGUCACUGCCGCCGAAGCAGCCAUGCUUCGAGGCUACUAG